UUGCAAAAUGCUCUGGAUCCUUUCUGCAUAUUUUCUAUUGCUGCUUUCUCCUGGAAAUGCAGAACCAAAAGAUAAAAUGGUCAGUCAAGAAUUGAUGGUUCUUAUUGCUGAAGAAGGGCAAUCUGUCAAUCUCACCUGCCAGUUUAUGUAUGGGAUUGAAGGUCUGUACCUGAAACAAACCUAUGGAAACAUCCCGGUAGUGCUUUAUGUUACCCAUAGCAAAAUCAAGACAGAAGCUCCUACAUAUGAAAAUCGCACUGAGUAUUUUGAGAUGAACAACACAGCCACAAUUACACUGAAGCAACUGAAGAAAAAUGACAGCAAUGUAUAUAUGUGUGUGGCAAACUUGACCACAGACUCUGGGUUUAAGCAGAAGAAUAGCACAGUGAAUAUUUUUUUGGCAAUAAAAGCACCUUCAAAGAAGAAUUUUCAAUCUCCCUGGAUGCUGUAUAUCUUUAUUUCUGUGUUAAUGCUCUUGUUUUUUAUGUUUGGAUCAUGUAUCAUCUAUCAUGCAAAUGUACCGAUCAAGAAAUGCUUCCAAAAAGACAAGGCAAAGAAAAGGCAAAAUUUUAUCUAUGAAGACAUGACUUAUAGCCUGAGGUGCAAGAACACAGAGACUCAAAACCAUCAAUAUACUUUGUAA